AUGGCAGUGGAUGUGGAAUUCCGCGUCGCGGACUGGUGGGAAGCUUCGGUCCCGCUCAGCCCCUCGGCCACGGCCGCUACCUUCACUGAGACUUGGCCGCGGAGUGAGCACGCCGAGCCUGGGAGGAUGCAGCACCCACUGUGGCCUGGGGGCUCCGAGGGGCUCCGGCUGCUUGUCUGCUUCCUGCUGCUGAACAGCUGCCCAGGGGGCUGCAGCGACAUUAGUGCCCACGAUGGUCAGGACCAAGUAGGAGUAGGGCAGCUUUGGCCCCUCCAAGGAUUUGCCACCCCAGUCUUCCAGCAUUUACAGGUUGUGUUCCAGCAGAUUUUACUCCAAGGUCUGUUCUGGAAGGAUGAUAUCACCCAGGAUGCCAUGAUCCAAAAGAUGGAGCACACCAGCAGACUGCAUCCCCAAGAUCCAUGCCUGAAGGAUGGCAAGGCAGUUUUCCCCACUAAAACCUCUGGGAGUCCCCUGGCCAAGGUGAACAGGGAUCAGUGCUUUACCUCCAAAGUGGUUUCUAAGGUCCUGAAACAAGAGGUGGCCAACCCUGUCAAGACUUCCUAUAGGCGUUCAUAUGGGGGGCUGGACAUGAUGCAGGCGCUGGGAGCCUCUAAGGAAGAAAUUAUCUAUAAGAUCAUGCAUAGGCAUUGA